UAGGAUAAAGUUGGUCUAAUGCAUGCCCUCAUUUUAAACACUUUUAGUAUAAUAUUAUUUUCCAGUGUUAAGACUCAAGAGUGUAUAAUUUAUGCUAUAAAUUAUAAUCAGAAUAUCAGAUAUUAAAACUCUCAUAAUACAUAUCAGUUAUAUGAUUAUAAUAGAAUAACUUAUAAAUGUUAGAUUUGUAUUCGUCAGUACUCGGUCGAUUGAGAUUAAAAAUCAUAGAUAAAGAAACAUUUUAGAUUAAUUUGUUUUAUUUUAAAAGAUACGGUAAAAAGUAAAUAAAGGAACCUACAAGUUCUUGAUUGAAGGUUUAAAAAAGGUAGUCGAUUUAGGGCAGAGAUAACCUAGAGGCUGCGGGAGGUGUAACCUGGUCUGACCGGUUACAGGUGGUUGUCGGGAGAAAGAACGCCGCAAUUGGCAGUGUCACGCGGGGUAACUGGCAGGGGUGUAACCGGUGACUCAACUACAGGUACACACGUCUCUGGGACGGUCCCGUUUAUUCCCCACACCCUCCUCGAAACUUACCCCUUUCUUCCACUAACCUUAUUUUCACACACGCGUGUAAUUUAUAUUUACACUAAGAACUAAUUUAAUUAAAAAAAGAAGAAGGAAAUGUUGAUCACGCUAAAAGUGGGAGAAAGGUAACCUGGCUGACUGUCUCUUUACAAGUUUGAAUAGAAAGCGGGUCACCUCACUUCAGCACAUGUAUAAAUACACCUCAGGAAACGCAAAGUCUUAUCAAAACUUAAGCCCUCUAGGAAGGAGUUAAAGUAAGCCCUUCCCGGUAAUAAAGAGAAGAAAUAUCUGUACCGGAAAACCGAACAAGACGGGUGUGCCGUUGUGGAUGUUGGGGUUGGGUGUGGACCGGCUUCAAGCCGACAUCAACCGCCUUCUAACCUCCCUUUUCCAUCAGGGAGUGCUGGACGAGCAGUUCUUGCAGCUGCAACAGCUUCAAGAUGAAACUUCACCAACCUUUGUGUACGAUGUCAUUAAUAUCUACUUUGACGAAUCCGAGAAGCUACUCCGCAGCCUUAGAUUAUUGCUGAUGGAUAGAGAAUUCUCGGACUACAAGAAGAUAGGAUUGCAUCUGAAUCAGUUGGUAGGAAGCAGUUCUAGCAUUGGUGCUCGUAGGGUUCGUAACGUCUGUGUUGCCUUUCGCUCUGCUUCCGAGCUUAACAACCGCCCAGGGUGCUUGAGAGGGCUGGAAGUAGUAGAGCAUGAGUAUCAUUACCUCAAGAAUAUGAUGCAUGAACUCUUCCAGCUGGAGCAGCAGAGGCUAUUAGCUGCAGGAGUCAGAUAUCCAAUGUAGAUUUUAUAAUUACGUUCUAUCAUAAAAUUUCGAUAAUUAAUUAGUGACAUAAAAUUAGUGUGUGAUGUGAUGUACUGUCGUAAGCUAGCCAAGUUUUUCUUUUAUUUUCUAAUCGUUUGUUACUACUCUCUUCAUAAAUUCAAAUUACAAUCGCUU